AUGGCUGAGCGCAGCCACAAGAAACCCAAGAGUGCGCAAGGCCAAAAAGCGGGGGCGCAAAGCGCCGAUCCCGCCGCCAGCAAGCCAACCGCGACCAAGCUCGAAGCGAUCAAGCCCGAAGCGUUAAAGCCCGAAGCGUCGGCUUCGCACCCACAGGCCGCUUCCCUCCCGGGUGUGGAGCGCAGUCCCUUUCGCAGUAUGAAAAACCCUGGCGCCAAAGGUCAUGGGGCCAAAGGUCCUGGCGUCAAAAUUACUAGCGGCAAGAGCCCCCUGUUUUCCAUCACAAGUCACGGCACCACCAGCGACAAAGCGACAGCCGGGGGGAGUACCAUUGCGGCCUCCGGUCCUCUCGCGGCCUUGAGUCCAUCAGUGGUCAACCCAGGGUGUGCCAGCGGUCCGAAAGAACAGGACGCAACUGCCGACAUCCCCGAGAAGCGAGUGUUCGCGGAACGUGGAACCGUAGGCGACGCGGCAGUGGCGCUGACAAUGUGCACCUGCGUCGCCCUGCCCAUCCACUGCGGCCUUGGAGGUGGCGUCAUGGCGCUCUACUACAACAAGUACGACACUAGUCGCAAAGAAAAACGAUACCUGAUCUGUACUAGUAAAUUAUACCUUCUAUAGAAUACCAAUAAAUUGUGUAGAAACCAUCGACGAUGAUUGUCAGUGUAAGCGAAUAGCCGAACCCUUCUAUAAAAGCUAUUCACUUUAAUAAAAAAGAAAAAGAAAAUGAUGCGCUCGAAGCCGUUAAUCAGCACAUCAGUAGCGGUGGCUAUAUAAGUCGAUGCACCAUACGUGUGUUGUCUCCAGCGAUGCGAGCACCGGCGUGGAAGGCGACUGCCA